AUGAGCAAAGCUUUUGAUAGCAUCAACAGGAGUAAACUACUUAUCGUGUUAAAGAACAUUGUAGAUGAAGACAGUCUACGCAUGAUACAUAUGCUAUUAUUGGAAACUCAACUUCUUGUCAGAAUUGGCCCUAAGGAGUCUAGACUAUUUCCUACAAAUGUUGAAACCCCACAAGGGGACACACUAUCGCCUAUAUUAUUUAUCGUCUAUCUGGAGGCAGCUCUGAGAGACCUAAGAGUAGAAAUUGGAUGUAUGGACAACCAAGUUGUGGAACUCAUAUACGCGGAUGAUCUUGAUUUUAUUACGAAGGAUCGGAAAUUAAUAGAAAUUAUUAUGGAGAAAGCAAGAACAAUUUUCGAUAAAUGGUCACUCAAUGUCAAUAAAGAGAAAACCGAAAUAACCACCGUCGAACGUAUGCCAACUCGCAUAGAUGAGAAGUGGCGAAACGUCCGAAAACUCGGAUCUCUUCUUGGCGAUUCCGAAGAUAUUACCAGACAAAAAAUAUUAUCAACAAUUGCACUUAAAAAACUUCAAUCUAUCUGGAUGAGAAAAAACCAAAUUUCGACUAAGAUGCGCAUACGAUUAUAUAAAGCAUUUGUCCGACCUGUCCUCAUGUACAACGCAGGUACUUGGGGACAUCAAAGAAAAACAUGGAGCAACUUGACUCUUUCCACAGUGGUCAACUGA